AUGAAGCUCUUCUUGAAGCCUUUGGCCUGGCUGGCGGCCACGGCACACGCAACCUUUGAUACCAACCACCUGGCCGUCACAAACAACACGGUGUCUUACAACGGGACUGCGUCUGUGGCCUUUGACAGUUCAUCAAAUUGCAAGCAGUAUACUAUCAAAGCAGAAGAUACUUGCUUGAGUGUCGGACGUGCUACGAAUACUACAUACGCACAGUUACUAUCCUGGAACCCAAAGCUAGAUACCGCUUGCUCGAACCUCAAGACCCUUGCAGACGCCCAGCUUUGCAUUAGCAACCCCUUGGGCGAUUACGGCAUCUCUAGCAAUACUCAUGGGCUGACAACCGUCGCCACUACCGCUGCGUAUGUACCUUCCCCAAAGCACGACGAAAUGAGUUCAACCAAAAACUGCGGGGAGUGGCACAAGGUCGAGUCUGGAGAAGACUGUUUAACCAUGACUGCCAUAUACGGUAUUGCACUCAAGGAUUUCCUCUUCCUUAACCCCAUGGUGUAUGACAACUGCACCAACCUUUUGGCAGAGGUUUACUACUGUGCUAAGCCCGUUGGUUAUGUCUCGGACUACCUCGGCUAUGGUGGCUCAACCACGCGCGCUCCUAUAAAGCCUGUUGGCGCCACGACUCUGUCUCAGAGCGGUCCGCUCCUCGGAAACCUGGCCAGUGAUGGGCCUGUGAUUCCGCUCGCAAAUGGCACUCGAAAAGACUGCUACGGUUAUAUAGACUUCCCCAAUGUUACCGACAACUACGCGGCCGAUUGCUGGAGCCUAGCAAUGCUCGUUGGAACAACAUCCGAGGAACUGAUCCUUUGGAACCCUUCUCUAGCGCAAAGUGCGCAGCAAGGCAAGACGGAUGACCCUGCGACGUCACUAACAAUCGACGAACACGACUACACCUACCCGUGCACCCUGGCAGCGAAUACGUCGUACUGCCUCGUCCUCUCCUCUCCUAUACCUUCCACGGAACCCCCCCAACCCGAGAAGCCAGCACCACGAGCCGCUGGCGAGAUUGCGAAUUGCACUUCCUGGGCCCUAGUGCAUGACUACACUACCUGUGCAAGCAUAAUGGAUCUCUAUUACCUUGACAUCGACACUUUCUAUAAGAUGAACCCAACUAUUAAAUCUGAUUGCACUGGACUCGCCGCUGGAACGUUCUACUGCGUCUCAAUGUGGCCUGGUGGCGGUCUAGAUCCCGCGGUACUUGACGAUGACGACGACGACUCUUACUUGACAACGACCCCCGGGUCUUCCACACCGUCGCGUCCUAGCACGCCAUCCCCCGUUCAGACGGGCAUGGUGAGCGGCUGCAAUAAGUUCUACAAGGUGGUCUUAGGCGACGGCUGCUACAAUAUUGCCCACGCUGAGGGUUUUGACCUGGAUGACUUUUACUUGUGGAAUCCCGCCGUCAAGAACGACUGCACCGGCCUCCAGGUCAACGUCUACGACGGCAUGGUCGACGACUGCGCCAAGUUCUACCAGGUCAAGUCCGGGGACGGCUGCUGGGCCAUUGUCCACGAUGCAAACAUUGAUCUUGGCGACUUUCUCAAGUGGAAUCCCGCCGUCCAUAAUGACUGCACAGGCCUGCAGGAGAACGUGCAUGUCUGCGUUGGGGUAUAA